AUGCCUCCAGAUGUAGCCACAGAUGCAACAAAGUUAGUGGGGAAUCCAUUCAUUGUAUGCUCAGGAAAGGAGUGGACCAAUCCAGCCAAUAUUCUCGGGAAGGGUUAUUUUGCAUUGAUUGUUGAAAAUUCAAACUCCCUUUUGGAUGUUAUUGAGAGUUUAUCAGAGUCUCUCUCAAGAAAUUGUGCUUCUUUUGCUCCACUUGUUUACAUCUUACAUGUGAUGGCUCUGCAGAGACUCAAUGACCUUAACAGGCAGAUUAAGGCACUUCAAUUUUUGCUUGAAGAUGAUGCUUGGCAACUAGAUAAUAAGGAUAUAGGAAGCACUCAACUAUUAAAGGAAUCUUGCAGCCUUGAGGCUGCUACAUUGAUGAGUUUUAUGAUGAAAUAUGUGAAGCUAUUAUCUUCAGGAGAAAAUGGUCCUUUUGGGUCUUACGAAGUUAGUGGUUCCUGGGAUUUGAGUCUAUGUUCCUUAGAUGAAGGUUCUUUUCCUAUAGCCACUUGGCAUCUUCUGUGUGAAAACAUUGACAUUUGGAACUCUCAUGCCUCUAAGAAGGAUUUAAAGAUUUUCUUCUCUAAUUUGAUAAGGUUUUCUUUUACUCAAAAGAGACCUUCCAUGGAUAAGGAGGAGAAUAAUGGCACUCAAUCUUCAUACAGAGAAAUGACUUUGCAUAGUAUUUCUGUGGGGGUCCUUUGUGAUACAUUUAUUUAUGACCAAAAGGUACUCUUGAAGAAUUUGGCAUCAAGUUUUUGUCAUGCUUUAAAGAAAUCGUUAUCUUUUGUUACCAACUCUGAUGAUGAUAAUGCCCUUUUGGACACUUCACCUGAUUUGAUGGAGACAAUAAGUAACCUGGAAAAUGAGAAGUUGAUUGGUACAGGUUCUGCUGCUACGCAUGCACACUGCAUAGAGAAACACUGGAUCUGUGAGGAUUUCCUUAAUUUUUUUAGUGCUGUUCCCGGAUUUCAUGCAAAUUCCAAGGCAUUCAUACGGCUUAUAAACUAUAUUCUCCAUCUUGAAAGAUUGCUGCUACUUAAAUUACUAGGUCUUCGUUGUGAAUCCUGCAAUCCCAUGAAGUUAUUGCAGUUGUUUAUAUGUUGCCGUAGGGCUCUGAUAAAUCUCAUCUUAAAAUUCGGGAAAGAGUGCCCAGAGGCAAAACAAUACUUGGCCUUUUCAGAGAAAAAUGGUAACUCGUAUUUUCUGGUUUGGUUUUUGAGAUCUGUUCAGGAAAUUGUUGGUUCGUCACAUAAAAUAUUUGACAAGUGUACCGAUGAGGUGAAUAGGUUGAUGUUCUCCUUGUUAGAUAAGACAUCAGAAUUAUUUUCUACACUAGCUAGUGUGAAUUCAUCAGUUUACUUGUUUGAUUUAAAGAAACAAAUUGAAUCUUCCCUGGAUGGUAGCCCUAUUGAAAGGGAGACUUCAGACCAUAAUGAUCAGACAUUUGAUAUAGUAGAAUUAUCAGCCUUGGAGUGUGUCAAAAGUAUGGCCGAACUGUUACAGAAGACUGCAACCGGUAUACCUGUUACCAUAAAGGACGGCAAGUGUGUUGUCAAAUUAGAAGACUGCUGUAACGUUGUAUGCUGGAAAAGAUUGUCAUGCACCAUGUCUUGCAUAGGAGGAUUCUUGCAGGGACUUAAUUCAUCACUAGAAAGUGCAUUCAACGAUCAUCCAAUAGCAAGCUCAGAGGACAAGAAAAUGUUACUUCAGUAUUGUUCAAGAUUUAGCAGUUGUAUUGCUAAGUUUGGGGCCUUUGUAAAUAUUUGCGCUCAUGUCUUGUUUAUGGAUAACAAGGAUUCUGCCUCUAGAGGUUUAGUUUCUGUUCGUCUUCCACAAGAGCUAGAUUGUGUGAAUGGUUUUCUGAAUAUUGAAGCAGUCAUGGAUGAAUUGACAAAGUGUGAAAGUCGUGGACUCGAUCUGUCUAAGAUACAGUAUAUGGAAAAUGUUCUUCUGGAAAACCUGUUGAAAGGUGAAUGCCCAUUCAUAUCAUUCACUUUGAGAGAGGUAUACAAUAUAUCUGCUGCUAUUGUUAAGCUGAACGGUUACCUAUCCUUUCCAAGUGAUGUUUCUAGGCAGACUUGCAGCCCUGUCGAACAGCUUUCAUUGGGUACCAUGCUUGGGACAGCUUUCAUCACUCUACAGAAAGUUGCAGACAUGUCUAGCUGGCCACACAUGUCUUGUCUUGUAUGGAUUGAUGGGGUAUUAAGAUAUCUUGAAGUCUUAGGAAGUGCAUUUACAUCGCCUGAGCUCAAUAUCUCAAUAGAAUUGUAUACUCAGAUAGUAAAUGCCCUAUUGAGGGCUAUUGGAAAAUGCAUCUUACUUCAACGGAAGAAUGCAACUCUUCCUACUCAUGAGAUUGGCUCAAGCACGAAAACACUGCAAUUACAGAAUGCAUCUGGUUAUGCUUUUCCUAAAUAUUUCAUUGAUAUGCAGAAUAGAUUAAAUUCAUUGAAAUCGAGGCUUCGACUGGUACUUGGAAAAUUUGUCAAUAUUGCAUCAAACACACAUCUAAAUGCAGCUCUACAAGUAAUUGAAAGGGCAUUGGUUGGAGUGAAUCAGUGUAGUCAUUCAAUAUAUGAAGUUUACACUGGAAAUCCUGAUGGUGGGUCAGUUUCUUCUGAUGUUGCUGCUGGGAUCGACUGCCUCUAUCUAAUUCUUGAUUUUGUACCAGGAAAUAAGCGUGUUUUUAAGAGAACUGUCCCUGGCCUAGUUGGCGCUUUAUUCAACAUUGUACUACACCUUCAGAGUCCACAUAUUUUCUACACUCAGAAGCUGCCGCCUCAUUGUAGUGUGUUCCAUCCAGAUGCUGGAGCUGCUGUUCUAAUGUGUGUGGAGGUUAUCACUUCAUUUGUGGGAAGGCAUUUUCAAAUUGAUGCAUCCCAUGUUUCCCAAUGCCUGCAUGUUCCUGCAACACUCUUCAAAGGGUUUAAGCAUCUUCUAGCUAAGUACCGCAACCAAAGUGUAGGUCACCAUGCAGAUCAUGUUGAAUAUAUUCUUGAUAGACAAUUUUCAGUUGAUAUAUAUGUUGCAUGUUGCAAAUUGCUAUGCACUACUCUUCGGCACCAACAACGCGAGAUUGGCCAUUGUGUGGCACUCCUGGAGGAUUCAGUAAGCAUACUGCUCGGUUGUUUGGAGUCCACUGAUUCAAAGAUGGUUAACAUGGCUGGAUAUUUUGCUUGGAAUAUGGAGGAGGCACUAAAAUGUGCUUCCUUUUUCAGAAGGAUCUAUGAAGAGAUGCGCCAGCAGAGAGAAACCCUAGGAAAACAUGCCAUGCACUUUCUUGCUGGUUAUAUUUCCAUGUUUUCUGGACAGGGUCCUUUUCAGACAGGGAUAACACGAGAAACUGAUGAGGCCCUGAGACCUGGUGUAUAUUCCCUGAUUGAUAUAUGCGAGGAAAGUGACUUUCAACAGCUCCACACAUACCUGGGUGGUCCGUAG